AUGGCACUCAUCAACCGCAUAGCCUCACAUGUUAUCGAAGAAUUAGACAGCAAGAUAGCAUUUGCAGAACACCUUAAGACAAUUAAAGAGAGCCUUGAGAAUACACAAGACAAAUUCCUCGACGGAAUAUGCGACGAUGACCAUGAUGACGUUAUACCUGCCUAUGAAGAGCUUGAAGAUUCUCAAUAUGAGAUCUUGGAACUCAUAGAAAAGACAGAAUUCGCCAUGUUUGAAACAGAAGCCGCUCUCCAUGACCUUUUCACCGACAACAAUGUUGAUUCCAGUGUUAAAACUGAGAUAUCUUACUGCGUCAAGCGCUAUCAAGCCUACCUAAGCAAAUGUGACAAGGAAUAUGUUGAGACCCAUGGAAGUUACACGGCUGGAACAGAGGAGGAAAACCGAGCCGACGCAGAGCAGUAG